CAGUUGAUUGACUAUAACUAAUUCUAUUUAAAAGAGAAAGAAACCUGGCUCUUGUGGAAAUAUACAAAGAAAUAUCUACGAUGCUGGGGAAUGAAUUCUGCCAUGGACUGAACUCAGAAUGGGGGGGGGGGUUGGAAGAAAGAUGCAUGGUUAAAUAGCCCACCAGGUUCACAUUGUGUCAGCUUGAUUUAAUCUAAGGACAAAAAGUGGAGUAUCUCUGAUGGCUUUCUUUUUAACCCUUGAAAGGUUCCCUGGGGACUGGCCUCAGUACUUCAUACUUCUUGCUGGGGCAACAAUGCUCAAGGAAGCUUGAGAUUGUCAUAGGCACAGUAUUAUGCUAGAUAUACAGAGUAGAUAAUACUAAGAUGUUCAGAUGGUGGUAUCCAUUUGUAUGCACUCUUAAUGUUGACCUAAGGAAAGAGAGAUCAAGGUCCUUACAAUAGAAAGAUCAGUUCCAUUUUUUUCUACCAUUCCAAACUGAACGACUGGUAGGGAGAGAAUGGUAGAUAAUUGAGAAUUCAUAGAUGAUGCUUUGAAUGAAGAGUGGGUUUCUGCGCUGGUUUUAGACAGGGUCUCAAGUAUCGCAUGUUGCCCUCUACCUGGUUGGCCAGGUUCUCUUUGAGCUCAGAUAAACUUCCUUCCACUUUCCAAUACAUAGGCUUACAAGAGUAGCCUCCAAGGACUGUGAGGACAGCAUUAGCCUGUGACAGUUGAGGUGUGCAACCCACAACUAUAGUUUUAGCCACGAUUUUCCAUGUCUACCAGCUAUUUCAGAUUGUUGCUGUUAUAUGCCUGACAAUCAAGGACGCAGAAAAAUAACCUGAUAGAGAACAAGGGCAUGGUGAUCACAUCCUUGCUUCUUCUGUAUGUUCGGGAUGAGGUUUGUUAAAAUUCCAAUAUUGCAAAAAGCUUUAUAUAGAGCCCAUCACAUUAAGGGUCUCUGUUCACUGUUCUAUCUAAAAUGGCCCAAUCAGAACUGACCACCAGAUAACACUUCCUGCAAUCUUCAUAUGAGAGAGAAGCUUGAGCUUUUUGUUUUGAUUUUUUCUUUUCUCUUUCUUUCUUAUUUUUUGCUAUAUAAGUUCAGAGAAAGAGAGUUGGGGCCAUGAAUUUGCUCCCAAAAUUUGAACUACGGAUGUGAUCAAUCAGUGUUUAGUGUGUGCAUUCUAUAAAGUAUUCAUUCUUUACUAUGAUAGAUGCUUCUGUGUUUGGUGGGGUGGCCAUUUCCCAGUGUACAGGUACUGGGACCUUGCUCUAUCCACUUAAUGAUGUUUAUAGCCUCAUUUUAGUUGUUUAUGUGCACCCCCUAUGUCUCUUGACUAUUUUAUUUUUCUGAUAGAAGCUCAUGGUACAUCUUACUCAGGCCUGUGAGCAGUGCUCCUUUGGUGACCUUGGUGCAGAGAGGAGAACCCCACAAGCAGCAUGAGGUUCCGUUCACUGGUGGCUCCAAUCUUGCACUUUCCUCUGCCAACUGGUCUCCACACUUUUCCUAGCACCAUAAAGACUUCAACUCUUUCUCCUAGGAAUUUAUUGUCAAUUGUCGAUUGCUAAGCACAUGACUUCAUGAGUGUACCCUAACACACACCCAUGUUGUAACCUACCAUGCAGACUAUUUCUUGAUGUGAUAUAAAGCACCUGUACAUAAUGAGUCAAGAGAACUUUUGACUGCAUAUUCAAGCUGGUGUGAAAUCUCAGGAAGUUUUAAUGGCUAACAUUGGUGAAUGAGGACAAUUUGAGUUAGGAUGAGACAUUUUGGGGCAAGAUAUGGAAGGAAACAUUCAUUUAGAUGCAUAGGAAUUACUAAGGUUGUUUUAUAAUCAAGCCUUGAGGAAAAUUUGGCAUUAGAAGGAGGAGAUUCCCAGUGGCUCUGCCCUGGGAAAGCCUCCUGGAAAGGGCCCCUCAGCUUAUGCUCAGUACAGGGAGAUUAUUAUCAGGAAACAAAAUCUGCUCCCCAUGACAUCAACUGUCUUUUCUUGGACAUUCUAUUAUCUCCUAGAGAGUUCUUGGCAUCCUCUGUGAUGUCACCAGUGUUGUAGUGACGGCCAGUGCCCUAGUUUCUCUCAUACUGAGUCUGGCGGUUACAACCUAAGACAUGUUUUCCCAUCUUAGGAAGCAUUUUGGGAGGGGGAUCGUCGAUUCUGGAGAGACUAGAGUGAAGGAGUCUGGCCUUUCGUCUCAAAGUAAUGGUGGACAAAGACAGGACUUCUGGGGAAUGUCAAACGCUGGGAGAGAAACAUCAUCCCCUGGCACUGACCUAAGGGAGAAGCAGGCCAAGAAGGAAAAGGAGAGGCUGAUUGAAGAGCUGCAGCUCAUUACCGAAAAGAGAAAUGACCUGAGAGAUCGCCUGAGGUUCCUGACAGAGAGAUCCAUGAAGAACAGGCCCUACUUCAGGCCAAAUCCAUAUUAUGAAGACCUGGAGAGAAUGGAGGAGGCGGUCAUGUCAAUUCUGCACAACUUAGAGAUGGAGAACACUGUGAUCCAUGAGAACAACCAGAAGCUGAAGAAGGAGAUUACCUUCUCUAGGUCUCAGAAAGUGCAAGACAGCUGGAAUUGGACACAUACCAGUAAGAGAGCUUCCUGAACAAUAAGUUGCUUUCUCAGGAGUCCCUGAUGACCAACACCCUGAAUGGUAACAACAGUUUUUGGAAGAGUAUUCAUCCUCUGAAUUAAUUUGUCAUUUCUUAGAGACCCUAAAUUUAUAUAUCACUAAGCCAGCCUGACUGAUUGAGUUCUUACUCACUUUCUUCUUCAGAAAACACCACUUGAGAGACACCUUGGGGGACCGCCUUUCAUUAUGUGUGCUAGAGGAGACACAGCAAUACAUCUGUGCUUCUACAUGUUCGUUAAGAAUCUGCUUUUAGAAAUAUUUUUGUUAUGAUUUUAAUUGAAGUUUUCUUUUUGUUGUUUCAUAUUUGUAUGUUCUUGUUACUAUUUUUAUUUUCAAAUAUUUUUAAAUAUUUUUAUUCAUUUUAAUCCUGUUUUGUUAUAAAAAUGUAUUCGUUAUGAAUAAAAAUUGAAUUCU